AUGUCUUUAGAUCCUUCAAGAAAUGCAAGCAAGCGAAUACCCUUUCUCAGGGCAAACCCCACGCUCAACAUCGCGGUGAAGCGCCUCUUGGAGGAGACAAGAUCAACAAAACGCUCCUAUGUCAAUCCUUUCGACGCCAUGUGCACCGUCCUCUUCAGGCUGGGGACAGACGCCGCCGCCGUCCGGCAGGAGCUGUCGACAGAGUUCCAGCAGCUGGCGAGGGGCAUCUGGGCUGUUCCGCUCAUCCUGCUCUUCAGCACCUUCAGCUGGUGCCUCACCGCGAGCCGGCGCGGGUGGCACGCCGUCGCCGGGAUAAUCCAGGAAAGGAGGGCAAAGCUGCAGUGCAAAGAGAGCUUGCCGGCCGAUGACGUGGUCACCCACCUUCUCGCCGGGGGCCUCCCCGAUGAGGAGAUCACCGACAACAUCAUAUUCCUCAUGAUCGCCGCCCACUACACCACUGCAGCACUCAUCACCUUCCUCCUCCGGCAACUCGACGCCAACAAGGACGCCUACGCCAAAGUUCUACAAGAGCAAGUAGAGAUUGCGCGGAGCAAGGCACCAGGGGAGGCCCUGUCCUGGGACGACCUGAGUAGGAUGCGAUACACAUGGGCGGCGAUGGAGACCCUGCGGCUGAUCCCGACGGCGUUCAACAUCCUAAGGAAGGUGGUGGACAAUGUCGAGCACGGCGGCUACCUCAUCCCCAAAGGGUGGAACAUGAUGAAUGUGAUGGCCAUGACGCACUGGGACCCGGCCAUCUUCCCGGACCCCGGCCGGUUUGACCCGGCGCGGUUCGAGGACCCAUCGGCGGCGAUACCGCCCUUCAGCUUCGUGCCAUUCGGCGGCGGCACGCGCAUCUGCCCCGGGAACAAGUUCACCAGGGUGGAGACGCUGGUGGCCGUGCACCACAUCAUGACGCGCUUCAGGUGGAAGCUCGCCGCCGGCUGCGACGGCAGCUUCUCCAGGUACCCGAUGCCGUACCCGUCACAGGGCCUCCUCAUUGACAUUGAGCCUACUGAUGACGCUACCCAUUGA